GCAGGAUGCAGGCCUAUGGCUGUGGGAAGAAAUAACACAGUUGUGACAAAAUUCAUCCUCCUGGGAUUUUCAGAUCAGCCUCAAAUAAAGAUUCUUCUUUUUGUGCUCUUUCUGGGCAUAUACCUCCUGACCCUGGGCUGGAACCUGAGCCUCUUCACCCUCAUCAGGAUGGAUUCCCACUUGCACACGCCCAUGUACUUCUUCCUUGGUAACCUCUCCUUCCUGGACAUUUGCUACGUGUCCUCCACGACUCCCAAGAUGCUCUCUGACAUCAUCACAGGGCAGAAAGCCAUUUCCUUUCUUGGCUGCGCCACCCAAUAUUUUUUCGUUUGUGGCAUGGCACUGACUGAAUGUUUCCUUUUGGCAGCCAUGGCCUAUGAUCGCUACGCCGCCAUCUGUAACCCAUUGCUCUACACAGCCCUGGUGUUCCAUACACUUUGUUUAAAGAUGGUGGCUGGUGCCUACGUGGGUGGAUUCUUUAGCUCUUUUAUUGAAACCUACUCUGUCUAUCAACAUGAUUUCUGUGGGCCCAACAUGAUCAACCACUUCUUCUGUGACCUUCCUGCAGUCCUGAUUUUGUCCUGCUCUGAUACCUUCAUCAGCCAGGUGGUGAACUUCAUCGUUGCCGUCUUCGUCGGAAUAGCAUCUGUCAUUGUGAUCCUCAUCUCUUAUGGUUACAUCGUUUCUGCUGUCCUGAAGAUCAGCUCAGCUACAGGUAGGAGCAAGGCCUUCAGCACCUGUGCCUCUCACCUGACUGCCGUGACUCUCUUCUAUGGUUCUGGCUUCUUCAUGUAUAUGCGGCCUAGUUCCAGCUACUCACUAAACAGGGACAAGGUGGUGUCCAUAAUCUAUUCCUUGGUGAUCCCUAUGCUAAAUCCCAUCAUCUACAGUCUUAGGAACAAGGAGAUUAAAAGCGCCGUGAGGAAAGCUGUGGCAAGGGCUCAAGUUCUUUCUCAUGGGCACUCACUUUUCUGCCACUGA